UUCAAAUCCUCUCCACUGUCUCUGUUUCUGCCAUCUCUCUCUCUCUCUCUCUCGAUACGGAGAUUAGUAUGAACUGAAAAAGCCGCCUUUGGGGACCGUGAACCACCGGUCACCGACUAAGUUGAAUCGGUGUUUUGUUUCGCUUCAUUUCGAGGGAGUUCAGAGGGAAGAAUUUUGUAAAACUAGGUCCUUCUGUUUUCCUAUGGAAUGAUCCAAUUGCAGAGAAACAAUCAGUCUUUAUGCAUUAAAACACCAAUUGUAGUUAAUUGGUAUUUUGUGUUAAUUUAGAAUUCAUUCGUCCAGAAUAGGUAGGUGUAGCUAGUUUUGGCUGAGUUCACCAUUUGCCUUGGUAAUUGAGCUUUUUGAUCUAAACCCUAAAACCCUAUAUUCUACGCUUCGACACUGACAGAACUGGAAGGGUGUAGUCACCUUGAGGUUGAUUUAGCUUUGAAGGAAAUAGCAUGGUAGAAGUUGAAAAUUCAUCUCAAAUGACAAUUUCUACUGCUUCUGGAGAAGCCACCAGUGUGUCUUCUUUUGGUAAUCAAGCGGCGCCACUCUCAGUGCCGCCACCAAAGAAGAAGCGAAACCUCCCUGGAAUGCCAGAUCCAGAUGCUGAAGUGGUUGCGUUAUCGCCAGAGACCUUAUUGGCCACAAACAGGUUUGUGUGCGAGAUUUGCAACAAAGGAUUCCAACGAGACCAAAACCUCCAGCUUCACCGCCGCGGCCAUAACUUACCAUGGAAGCUAAAGCAGCGAACCAGUAAGGAGCCACGCAAGCGGGUCUACGUGUGCCCAGAACCAACUUGUGUUCACCACAAUCCAACGAGAGCUCUGGGAGACCUCACCGGCAUCAAGAAGCACUUUUGCAGAAAGCACGGCGAGAAGAAGUGGAAGUGCGAGCGUUGCUCGAAGAAAUAUGCAGUGCAGUCAGAUUGGAAGGCCCACAUGAAGACUUGUGGCACUCGAGAGUAUAAAUGCGAUUGUGGCACUUUGUUUUCCAGGAGGGAUAGCUUCAUAACGCAUAGGGCAUUCUGUGAUGCCUUGGCGGAGGAGAGUGCGAGGGCACAAACCGUAACGACUAUGGGUAAGGAGGGGAAUACGAAUGUGAAGAGCGUGGUUGCUUCACCACCGCCUCCACCUCUUACUCCAUCCACUACUGUGGUAUCUCCGGGUCUGUCGGUUCAAAGCUCAGAAUUAGCAGAAAAUCCAGUUGGACUUUCGGCGGCAACACCAGCAACUACAUGCUUGACAGCCACGGUUACAAGCACCAGCUCCACCAGCAAUGUAUUUGCCAGUGUAUUCGCAUCCUCAACGGCAGCGGCAAUCUCACAAGCAGCAUCCCAUGCGUCAUCAGCUUCAUUUUCCAAUCUUCUUUGCGCCUUAACUAGCGCAGAUUGCGCAACUACAAUACCAACACCCAGAGCCAUAGAACCUCCAUCGCUUUCGCUUUCCUCUUCUCUUUAUCUCUGCAACGAUGCCUCCUCCCUCUUCGCAGACCAAGAACAUCGACACUAUACUCAGUCUCCCCAACCCGCCAUGUCAGCUACUGCAUUGCUUCAAAAAGCAGCACAAAUGGGUGCAACAUCAUCAAACUCAUCAUUUCUCCGUGGCUUGGGAUUGCCAGUUUCAUCUUCCUCUGGUCGAGAUAUCAACGGCAAUCAAUGGGAUGUAAAGCCAGAUAACAAUGCUGUUGCAGCUGGGCUUGGCCUAGGACUCCCGUCUGGAGAUGUUAUGAUAGGUUCAUCUCAUUUGUUUGGGAACAAGCCGACCACGCUUGAUCUUCUUGGGUUGGGCAUAGGUACUGGCUCCGCUUUGCUAAAUCCCUACGGUGGCAGCUUCAAUGUUGGAGCAGCAGCUGCUGCUGCUGCUGCUGCCGCCGCCGCCCCAUAUGGAGGAGGGAGUUCUGAAGAGACAUGGGAAGUUGCACCCGAGAAAAAGCCAAAUGGGUCAGCCUCGCAUUAGCGAGCUUCACUUUGCCCAGGUAUUUUUAUGACGGGUGAAAAAGUUAAUCUCUGCUCACAUCGAUCUCUUGCAUUUAGUUCGUUUUAUACGCUUUUGUUUCUCAAUAUAGGGAAGGCCAGAGAAGGUCUAUAGAGUAGUUUUACAACGUAAGAGGACUUUCUCAUUUUCUUUGUAGUUUUACUUUGUAGUUUUACUCAAAUAUAUAUAUAUAUAUAUAUAUAUAUAUAUGUAUACUUUAUGGGCACCUGGGUGCUUUGGUUUAAUUAAAAAUCUGAGAAACUCGUGUGUGGGGAAAGCCUGUACAGUGAACUCGUGUACGUAGUGAGCAAAAUAGCAAAUGUAAGUGAAACUACCUUGAAGUGGUAGUUGCUUUUGGUUCA